AUGGGACAAAGUAGUUCUACAACUGGAUUUAAUUUAUAACAAUAUUAGUUUCUAAAUUAAAUAAUAGAUCCUAGAUUUGGAAAUAUUAAGUUAUAUUAAAAAAAUGAUAGUGGAGAAACAAUUUGUAUAAUUGAAAAAAAUUUCAUUAAGAUCAACAGCCCAGUUAAAAAUUUAGAUCAUCCAAAUAUUUUAAAAGUUCAUUAUUAUAAAGCUGAUAUAUGUAAAGUAAGAACUUUUAAUAAACAUUUUAGAAUAUUUGUUCAACUUUUACAAAAUUACAAUUGAUUUAAGAAUAUGUUAGUAACGAAUUAAGAUAAAAUAUAAAAAUUAGAGCAACAAAAUAAUAAUAUUAUGAAGAGAAAUAAUUAUGGGGUUUAUUAUCUAUGUGUUUAAAAGCAUUAAUGUAUUUUAAGUCAUUUUAAAUAUAUCCAAUGGACUUAAAAAAUAUUCUGCUUUCUAAUUAAGGAACAAUAAAAUUUUAAUCUUAUUAUGACAUUUAAAAUAGUCAAUAUAUCCAAUUAUUGAAUUAGAUUACAGAAGAUAUUCAUAUAUCCCCUGAAGAAUUAGAAUGCUUAAAAACCAAAGAACAAGUAUUAAACUUAGAUUUUGAGAAAUGUGAAAUCUUUUAGUUAGGAUUAACAGCUUUAUGGGCUGCUACUUUAGCUGAUACAAAUUCAUUAUUUAGUUAUGAUACUCUAAAUGUAAUUUUAAAAUAUUAUAAUUUUAGUAUAGUGAAUAUGAAAUGAAACAAAGAAUAGAAGAGUUAAAUUAUAGUUAAUAAUUUAAGAAUAUUUUAUUAAAAAUGCUAAAAAGAUUUCCGUAAGAUAGAGGAUCUUUUAAUGAAUUACUUUAAGUAGUAUCUUAUCAUGAAUGCAAUGAGAAUCUAUUAGAAAUUAAAUAAAUUGAUAAAAUAGAUUAAAGCAUCCAAUAAAUAUCAAGAAUAAGGCAAUAAUAUAGUUCAAGAUCAUUGUUAUCUGACAAUAUUAUAGUUAAAAAUUCAAAUGAAGAAUGUUAACUUUCAAGAAUUUCAAAUUAAUCUAAUUUUUAAUUGUAAUUAAAUGAAACAAGCAAAAUAUCUUUGGAUAAUAAAUUUAAUAUUUCUGAAUCUCAAAAUUCAUAGAAUCAAGAAAUACAUCAAAUAAAUAAAUAUAGAAAUAAGCCAAGCUUUUCAUAAAAUAAAUAACAAUUAGAUUCAUAAAUAACUUAUUUAUAAAUUGGUACUCCUCAUCAUUCUCCAGAAUCUAAAAACACUUCUAAAAUAUCAUUAUCAACAAAAAAUCAAUUAUCUCAUGUUCCAAAGAUUUCAAAUAUGAUGAUUAAUCCUUUAAAAUAAAAUUAAUAACUUUAAUAAAAUAAAAUUGUCAUUCCAAAACCUAUAAAAGUUGAUAAACAUUAAAAUCAUCAAUAACUUUAUGAUACAUCUUAUUUCUCUUAAUUAUCAUUAAUGAGUAAUAGAAGUAUUCUAGAAAAUAAAGUUGAAGAGGCAAUAUUAAAAAGUAAAAUUGCUUUAGAAAAAUUUGAUUAAACAAUUAAUUAAACAAAAUUAUUUAGAAAUUGA